UUUCCUUAUCAUUUUUCUUCUUCUAAAUAAACAUCUUGUGAAGAAAAGGAAGCCAACAAUGGUGAACAAAACCUCGAUCGUAUUCGAUCCUUAUACGGAGCGCAAAGCUUUCGACGAGACCAAAGAAGGAGUAAAAGGGAUGGUCGACGCUAACAUCACAGAAGUCCCUCGUAUCUUCCAUGCCCCUAAAGAUCUCUCAACCGAUAAGAAACCUUCUGUCUCUCUUUCAAAACUAAUGAUCCCUACCAUCGACUUUGCAAGCGUUCACGUGGACAAAGUCUCACGUGAAGCCGUCAUAGAGAAAGUCAAAUACGCGGUGGAGAAGUGGGGGUUCUUCCAGGUGAUCAACCAUGGUGUUCCUUUGAACGUUCUUGAAGAGAUUCAAGAUGGAGUUCGUAGGUUUCACGAGGAAGAUCCUGAGGUCAAGAAACGAUACUUUACCCGUGAUAACGCCAACAAAAAGUUUGUCUACAAUAGUAACUUCGAUCUAUACAGUUCCUCGCCAUCUGUUAACUGGAGAGAUACUUUCACUUGUUACGUAGCUCCAGAUCCUCCAACUCCUGAGGAUCUACCAGUGAUUUGCAGGGAUGCUGUGUUCGAAUACUCAAAACAUGUGAUGAGUUUAGGCGGUUUACUCUUUGAGCUUCUCUCAGAAGCACUGGGUUUGGAAUCUGAGAUCCUUAAGAGCAAGGGGUGCUUGAAGGGUUUGAGUAUGCUCUGCCAUUACUACCCACCUUGUCCACAACCUGACCUAACUUUGGGGGUAAGUAAACACUCAGACAACUCGUUCCUCACGGUUCUUCUUCAAGACAACAUCGGUGGUCUACAAAUUCUUCAUCAAGGCUCUUGGGUUGAUGUGGUUCCUCUUCCUGGAGCUCUCGUCAUCAACGUUGGAGAUUUCUUGCAGCAGAUAACGAACGACAAGUUUGUAAGUUUGGAGCAUAGGGUGCUUGCGAAUAGACAAGGACCAAGGAUUUCAAUUGCAUGCUUUUUUAGCUCAAGUAAACAUGCCAAUUCCACAGUUUAUGGACCAAUGAAAGAGCUUGUAUCUGAAGAAAACCCUCCAAAAUACAGAGACAUUACCAUAAAAGAAUACACGGAAGGAUACUUCAAGAAGGGUCUGGAUGGAACGUCACAUCUCUUGAAUUUCAGGAUUUGAAAACAAAACCACAGGAAAAGAAUUUUGUGGUGUUUCUUAGCAUCAAUCUGAUAGGUCUCAAAGACUUAAAGAACAAAAACACAAAAGCUUACUGCAAUUUUCUUUUCAUAUCCUUUCAUAAGACAAUAAUAGUCUCUUAAAUACAUAGAAAGUACGUACAAUAACUGUCCACUAAACAAAUGGUAAACGUGCAGAAAUGGGAGACAAUCCUAGAAUAUAGGAAACAAUUAUGAUCUUAUCACAAUCUCUCUGUUCUUGGAUCUGCAAUAACUUAAUCAGUAUAUGUAUGUGUUGCGCUUCUCUAUGUUCGGAUAUUUCUAUCUUAGUUAUAUGUAUCAGAUUAUAGUAGUGAAAUGCAUUGCACUUAAUUA